GAGCCCUCUACAGGGACGUCAUGCAGGAGAACUAUGAGACAGUGACUUCGCUGGGAUUCCCCCUUCCCAAACCUGACCUGAUCAGCCAGCUGGAACGAGGGGAAGAGCCGUGGGUGCCCGAUCUCCAGUCCUGUGAGAGAAGAGAGAUCCCGAGAGGUGCCCACACAGCAGGUGACGAGACAGUGAGAGAGAACGAGGAGGGGAAUCAAGAGAAGGAAGUUCCUGGGCACAGAGAAUCACAGGGGACCUUUUUGGGAAGAGCUGAAGGGAAUUUUUCCCAGUGCUGGGAACAGGGAGAUGAUGGGGAAAAUUGGCGGAGGUCAGAUAGGCUUCCGGGAAACCACUCAAGGAAGCAAAUGGAUAAAUCUAUUAUAUGUGGGGAAGGACACAGCGAUCCCACAGCCCGACAGACAACCUCCAAGAAAGACAAAAGCUAUGAAUGUCCUGGUUUUGGGAAAGGAAUCGUUCUGAGACCACAGCUUGUUACACCUCAGGAAAUCCAAACUGGAAAGAAAUCACUUCAAUGCUUGGACCGUGGGGAAAGCUUCAAUAACCGCUCAGAUCUUAAUAACCAUGGAAGAAGCCACACAGAAGAGAGACCCUCUCAGUGCCUUGAGGGCAGGAAUUAUUUAAAUUUGAAGUCAACACUGAUUACACAUGAGACAGUCCACACUGGAGAGAGACCCCAUAAGUGCUUAGAGUGUGGGAAAAGUUUCGUAUGGAGGUCAGUCCUACUUAGUCAUCAGGCAAUCCACACUGGAGAGAGACCCCAUAAGUGCUUAGAGUGUGGGAAAAGUUUCGUAUGGAGGUCAGCCCUACUUAGUCAUCAUGCAAUCCACACUGGAGAGAGACCCCAUCAAUGCUUAAUCUGUGGGAAAAAUUUCAUACGGAGGUCAACCCUUCUUAUACAUCAAGCAGUCCACACUGGAGAGAGACCCCAUCAGUGCUUAAUCUGUGGGAAAAGUUUCAUGUGGAGGUCAGGCCUUGUUUUUCAUCAGAGAAAACACACGGGAGAGAGACCUCAUAAGUGCUUAGAGUGUGGAAAAAGUUUCAUAGAGAGGUCAGGCCUUGCUAAACAUCAGAUCAUCCACACAGGAGAGAGAUCCCAUAAGUGUUUGGACUGUGGGAAAAGUUUCAUACAGAAAUCAACCCUUCUUCUUCAUCAGAAAAUCCACACAGGAGAGAGACCCCACAAAUGCUUAGACUGUGGGAAAAGUUUUAUACAGAGAUCAGCCCUACUUAGUCACCAGGCAAUCCACACUGGAGAGAGACCCCAUAAGUGCUUAGAGUGUGGAAAAAGUUUCAUAGAGAGGUCAGGCCUUGCUAAACAUCAGAUCAUCCACACAGGAGAGAGAUCCCAUAAGUGUUUGGACUGUGGGAAAAGUUUCCCACAAAGAUCAAAUCUUAUGGAACAUCAGAUAAUCCACACAGGAGAGAGAUCCCAUAAGUGCUUAGGGUGUGGGAAAAGUUUCACACGGAGAUCUGCCCUCAUUAAACAUGGGAGAAUCCACACUGGAGAGAGACCCCACAAGUGCUUAGACUGUGGGAAGAGUUUCACAUGGAGAUAUGCCCUCAUUAAACAUGGGAAAAUCCACACUGGAGAGAGACCCCACAAAUGCUUAGACUGUGGGAAAAGUUUUAUACAGAGAUCAGCCCUUCUUCUUCAUCAGGCAGUCCACACUGGAGAGAGACCCCAUAAGUGCUUAGAGUGUGGAAAAAGUUUCAUACAGAAGUCACACCUUGUUGCACAUCAGGUAAUCCACACUGGAGAGAGACCCCAUCAAUGCUUAAUCUGUGGGAAAAGUUUCAUGUGGAGGUCAGGCCUUGUUUUUCAUCAGAGAAAACACAUGGGAGAGAGACCUCAUAAGUGCUUAGAGUGUGGAAAAAGUUUCAUAGAGAGGUCAGGCCUUGCUAAACAUCAGAUCAUCCACACAGGAGAGAGAUCCCAUAAGUGUUUGGACUGUGGGAAAAGUUUCAUACAGAAAUCAACCCUUCUUCUUCAUCAGAAAAUCCACACAGGAGAGAGACCCCACAAAUGCUUAGACUGUGGGAAAAGUUUUAUACAGAGAUCAGCCCUACUUAGUCACCAGGCAAUCCACACUGGAGAGAGACCCCAUAAGUGCUUAGAGUGUGGAAAAAGUUUCAUACAGAAGUCACACCUUGUUGCACAUCAGGCAGUCCACACUGGAGAGAGACCCCAUCAAUGCUUAAUCUGUGGGACAAGUUUCAUACGGAGGUCAGACCUUGUUGCACAUCAGGCAGUCCACACUGGAGAGAGACCCCAUACGUGUUUAGACUGUGAAAAAAGUUUCGUACGGAGAUCAACCCUACUUGUACAUCAAAAAAUCCAUACCGGAGAAAGACCCCAUAAGUGCUUAGACUGUGGGAAAAGUUUCAUACGGAGGCCUGACUUUGUUAAACAUCAAGCAAUCCAUACAAGAGGGAGACCAUAAGAGUCCAGAAAGAGUAUAAAUGUUAUUGGGACCAUUCCAAGAAAUAGAGACUAGAGCUUUGAAAUGUAACCUGGUGUUGUUAAGAAAUUGAAAGACGAUAGUAGUGCUGUUGAUUAAUUGCAAUUGACUCAAGUAAUUAACUCAAAAAAAAUUCAUUGUGGUUAGAAAUAUGAAUCUUGAUGAGUCACAUUGUUAAAUAAUAAAAGAGCAAUUGGAAUUUUUUUGGA